CCCGGAGGGGGUCACAUUUGCUUACCACCAAGCGCAGCAAGGGAUGCAGCCUGGCCCUCAGUUCACCAGUCAACUCCAAGCCUCACUGUCGGCCUUCCUGUUCCCUCUCUACGAUCCCUUCCCUCUAUCAGCUUUGCAGCCUACGGAGCAACCACGCACUGCGUACCGCAGUUCACCAAGUCAACUCCAAGCAGAGCUGAAGAUGUACCUUCACCUAUUCCUCUUCUACCUUUCCUCCUUUCGGCUUACUCCCGCCACCAGCUUCGCAGCCUACGGAGCCACCAAGCGCAGCCUGGCGCAGUUCACCAAGUCACUGCAGGCAGAGAGACACCCUCCCUUGCUUACCCUGCUCCUUGUCCAUCUACCCUCUGUUGCCCCUCCUCUUCUCCUCCCUACCAGCUUCGCAGCCUACGGAGCCACCAAGCGCAGCCUGGCGCAGUUCACCAAGUCACUGCAGGCGGAGCUGAAGAUGCUUAAAGUCCCCAACGUCGUUGUGCACAACCUGUCGCCCGGCAUGCCCGGCAUGCCCGGCAUGGUGACCACUGACCUGCUCAUGUCCCCCGCCAACACUGCAGGCACUCAUGCACCCUGCAUUCUCCUCCUCGCCCCCUCCUCCCUCCCCAUCCCAUCAGCCCGGCAUGCCCGGCAUGGGGUCAGUGCUCCGUAUCCCUUCCCUGGUGCUGGUGCCAGUACAGCUACUGCUGUUCAAGUGCUCCGUAUCCCUUCCCUGGUGCUGGUGCCAGUACAGCUACUGCUGUUCAAGUGCUCCGUAUCCCUUCCCUGGUGCUGGUGCCAGUACAGCUACUGCUGUUCAAGUGCUCCGUAUCCCUUCCCUGGUGCUGGUGCCAGUACAGCUACUGCUGUUCAAGUGCUCCGUAUCCCUUCCCUGGUGCUGGUGCCAGUACAGCUACUGCUGUUCAAGUGCUCCGUAUCCCUUCCCUGGUGCUGGUGCCAGUACAGCUACUGCUGUUCAAGUGCUCCGUAUCCCUUCCCUGGUGCUGGUGCCAGUACAGCUACUGCUGUUCAAGUGCUCCGUAUCCCUUCCCUGGCGCUGGUGCCAGUACAGCUACUGCUGUUCAAGUGCUCCGUAUCCCUUCCCUGGUGCUGGUGCCAGUACAGCUACUGCUGUUCAAGUGCUCCGUAUCCCUUCCCUGGUGCUGGUGCCAGUACAGCUACUGCUGUUCAAGUGCUCCGUAUCCCUUCCCUGGUGCUGGUGCCAGUACAGCUACUGCUGUUCAAGUGCUCCGUAUCCCUGGUGCUGGUGCCAGUAGUGGGUGGUAUUUGCACUGCACUGGGACGGCAGUAG